UAGAAAUUUAGAAGGAAGAACUACCUUUCCGCUACUUCAUAGACGACACUCCAAAGCCCCGUUCUCUCUCUCUCUCUCUCUCUCUCUCUCUCUCUCAUCAAUCUACAGAGGAGCCAUGGCUGCCUCUUCCCACGUAAAAGAAACGCUGGGCGACCUGGAAAGGGAAUCCUUCGUCCCCCUCCUCUCGAAGCUGAUAGGCGAGUCCAAGUACGUCCAAAACAACCCACCGGAGCUGAUCCCACAGGAGGACCGCAUAGUCAAGCACGUACUCGAUUCCCUCCUCCCUUACAGCACCACCACCGGCGGCGGACCUCUCGUCGUCAGCCAUGUCACCUACUUCCCCGGCAGAGGAAACCUCAUCGUCGAGUACCCCGGCACACACCCCGGCAAGGUCUUGUCGUUUGUCGGAUGCCACAUGGACGUCGUCACUGCCAAUCCCAAUGAUUGGGAAUUUGACCCUUUCUCAUUGAGCAUCAACGGGGAUGAACUCCGUGGGCGUGGAACUACCGAUUGCUUGGGACAUGUUGCACUUGUGACCGAGCUCAUGAAGAAGCUAGGGGAAACAAAGCCGAAAUUGAAGUCAACUGUAGUUGCAGUGUUUAUAGCAAAUGAGGAGAAUUCUGCCAUUACAGGGGUUGGUGUGGAUGCACUAGUGAAAGAUGGACUACUCAAUAAGCUAAAAGAUGGUCCUUUAUUUUGGAUUGACACAGCAGAUAAGCAACCAUGCAUUGGUACUGGUGGUAUGAUACCGUGGAAGCUUCAUGUGACCGGGAAGCUUUUUCACAGUGGUUUGGCACACAAGGCUAUAAAUCCUUUGGAAUUAGCCAUGGAUGCACUCAAAGAGAUCCAGACACGGUUCUAUAGGGAUUUUCCUCCCCAUCCUAAGGAACAGGUCUAUGGAUAUGCAACACCUUCAACCAUGAAACCAACUCAAUGGAGUUAUCCGGGAGGUGGAAUCAAUCAAAUUCCAGGGGAGUGUACAAUUUCUGGAGAUGUCAGGCUAACGCCAUUCUACAAUGUUAAGGAUGUAAUGAAAAAGCUACAAGAAUAUGUGGAUGAUAUUAAUGAAAACAUAGGAAAGCUAGAGUCAAGGGGUCCAGUUUCGAAGUAUGUCCUACCAGAAGAAAACCUGCGGGGAAGCCUGACAAUAAGUUUUGAGGAGGCAAUGUCUGGAGUUGCUUGUAAUCUCAAUUCUUGCGGCUUUCAAGUGUUGUGUAAAGCGACUGAAGAGGUAGUUGGGUAUGUGAAGCCUUACUCCAUUACUGGAAGUUUGCCACUAAUCCGAGAACUGCAGGAGGAAGGUUUUGAUGUUCAAACUUCUGGCUAUGGUUUAAUGAAAACAUACCAUGCCAAGAACGAAUACUGCCUCUUUUCCGACAUGUCCCAAGGCUACCGUGUAUUCGUCAGCAUUAUUGCUCAGCUAGAAGAUUGAUAAUCCGAACCAUACGCUAAUAAUACUUCCAAAUCAUGGAAAUAAUAGCUACUUUUCUGAUCGACAAGGCCAAUUUACGCUAUAUACUGAGCUUAUCUAAGUAAGUGGGUGUGUUAUGCACUGGGCAGGUUACACAUAUUAAGAUUGUAAUGUAUGCAUACUUAAAUCCCACUUUUGCUUAAAUGGCUAAACUCCCUCCUAACCGAUCCUUAUUUA